CUUCUACAUCGUCUUCCACAUCGGUUCCAACUUCGCCGACGAGUCUUGUAAAUCUAUAGGUCCCGAGAUUUGAGAGACUCAAAAGAGAUUGUGUAUUGAAAUCGAGGAAAUGGGAAGUAGUAGUAGUAACUCGUUGGCGGGUCUACAAGAUCACUUGAAAUUAGCGAGAGAAUACGCACUAGAAGGAUCCUACGACACAUCUGUCAUCUUCUUCGAUGGCGCCCUUGCUCAGAUCAACAAGCAUUUAAACAGCCUUGAUGAUCCUAUGACGCGGACUAAAUGGAUGAACGUUAAGAAGGCUAUAAUGGAAGAGACUGAAGUUGUGAAGCAGUUGGAUGCAGAGAGGAGAGCUUUUAAGGAAGCUCCCACUGGUCGUAGUCGUGCUGCUUCUCCCCCUAUCAAUAGUACCAAAUCUUCCUUUGUCUUUCAGCCCUUGGAUGAGUAUCCUACUUCCUCCUCCGGUGCUCCCAUGGAUGAUCCUGAUGUCUGGAGGCCUCCCACCCGUGAUGUUUCUACCCGAAGACCCGCCAGGCCUGGUAUGCGAAAGUCUCCUCAAGAUGGGGCUUGGGCUCGUGGUGGUGGUGGUGGUGCUGGCCUGUUACGGUUUAGCCUUCCAAUUUGUAAAGCAAGAAGGAUAUGGAAAAAGAGAUUUGUAUUGAAAAUAAAAGAUAACGGUUACAAGGAUUCUUUCUCUCUAAAUCAUGAACACUCUCUCUCACUCAUGAACAUGACAUGAUGAUCAAUCCUUUGAUGCC